CACUUGGUGCAAGGUUAAGCUAGCUGGCCCACCAGUCCUGCAAAUUCUCAUUUGCACGAUUUUUAGCAUGUUUAUUCUCUUCUUGCCAGUGGCCAAAUGACACGUUUAAAUGUCUUAUUUCCUCUAGGGAGCCUGGAGAGAAGCAACCAGCACCUAAUACAGGAAAUCGUGAAGAGAUUUAACACAGGCUCCUGUAUAACUUCCCUCCCCCCAGCCUCCACCCCCACCUCCAGCCACACUGAGUCUGUCGGCUUCUUCCUGCAGCACAGACUAGACGCAGUUCACCUCUGCUCUCUGAGGUCCCUGUGAGUCCGAGGAGCUGGAGUCUGGUCUUGGGAAAACCCCACCCUCCCACGGCUGAUAUUGAACUGGAGGCACUUCAGUUCCACCUUCCCAAAGUGAUUCUCUGGGGGCUUUCCAAUACAGGAUUAAAUUUCAGAAGCCUGCAAAGCACAGAAGAGAAAGGCAAGGCAACUCAAACUUGAAGACAUGAAGUCCCCAAGGAGAACCACUUUGUGCUUUGUGAUUAUUGCCAUUUAUUCUUCCCAAGCUACACUGAGUUUGAAUUUAGAGUCUAUUGUUUAUCAUUCGCUUCUCCAUGAACAUGAACUAAUGGAGGAGGAUCCAGUAAGACAAAAACGAGCUGUUGCCAUAAGCAGCCCUGCAGCUCAAGAGUUCACUGUCGAUGUUGAGAUCAGUUUUGAAAAUGCCUCCUUCCUGGAGCCUAUUAAAGCUUAUUUGAAGAACCUCAGUUUUCCAAUUCAAGGGAAUGACACUGACCUAGCUACCAACAUUUUGAGCAUCGAGGUGUCAACGGUCUGCAGGCCUGCUGGAAAUGAAAUCUGGUGCUCCUGUGAGACAGGCUAUGAGUGGCCUCAGGAAAGUUGCCUCCACAAUCUCACUUGUCAGGGACAUGAUGGUUCCUCUGCAGGGCAUCACUGCAGUUGCCUCAAGGGACUGCCUCCCAAGGGACCUUUUUGCCAGCCCCAGGGAGCAGAUAUUAUCCUGAGAAUGUCGGUCAGACUCAAUGUGGGCUUUCAAGAAGACCUCAGGAACUCUUCCUCUGCCCUCUAUAAGUCCUACAAGACUGACCUGGAAACAGCGUUCUGGAAGGGUUACAGUAUUUUACCAGGCUUCAAAUUGGUGACGGUGACAGGGUUCAGGCCUGGAAGUGUGGUUGUGACGUACGAAAUCACAACAACAACAACAGCAUCACCUGCGUUAAUGCAUAAAGCGAACGAGAAAGUCACACAGAACCUCAAUCAGACCUACAAGAUGGAGAGCAAUUCCUAUCAGGUUACUUACAGCAAUGAAACGAAAUUCUCCAUCACACCAGAAAUCAUCUUUGAAGGAGAUACAGUAACCCUGAUGUGUGAGAAUGAAGUUUUUUCCACCAAUGUGUCCUGGACGCAGGUGGAAACGGGCUUCGACAUCCAGAACAGCACUGAAGCCUCCAUCUACACCUCCGUGCUCAACAACAUGACCUCCGUGUCGCGCCUUAUCAUCCGCAACAUCACUCGGGGUUCCAUGGGUGAAUACAUCUGCAAACUGACAUUAGAUAUUUUUGAAUAUGCAUCCAAACGAAAAGUGGAAGUUCUACCCAUCCAGAUACUGGCGAGUGAGGCCACGGAGGUGAUGUGUGACAACAGUCCUGUGUCUUUGCAGUGCUGCAGUGAGGUGAACGUGAAUUGGAGUCAAAUUGAAUGGAAGCAGGAAGGGAGUAUAAGCGUUCCAGGAAACGCUGAAAUAGACACAGACAGUGGCUGCAGCAGAUACACCCUGAUGGCCAAUGGGACUCAGUGUCCGAGCGGGUCAUCUGGAACAACAGUGGUCUACACAUGUGAGUUCAUCAGUGCCCACGGAGCCAGAGGCAGAAAGGACAUAGAAGUGACAUUCAUCUCUGUGGGAGAUAAUUCCAGCCACAAAGGGGAAGUGCGCGAAUCCCAAAGGCUUGUGAUGGAAAUGAGUACAGUUCAGAGCACCACCAAGAACAGCCUAGAAACAAGUAAAGCCCGGGAGCAGCAAGCCAAGCUAAACAUAACCCCGGACCUAAUUUCUGUUUCUGAGGGACAAAGCUUUUUUAUAAAGUGCAUCAGCGAUAUGAAUAACUAUGAUGAGAUGUACUGGAACACUUCUGCUGGAACUAAAAUAUACAAAAGGUUUUAUACCACGAGGAGGUAUCCUGACAGAGCAGAGUCGGUGCUGACAGUGAAGACCUCAACCAGAGAGUGGAAUGGAACCUAUCACUGCAUAUUUCGAUACAAGAAUUUGUACAGGGUCAUGGCCAAAGAUGUCAUCGUGUACCCGCUGCCUCUAGAGUCCAACAUCAUGGUUGAUCCUGUGGAAGCUGCAAUUCCAUGCCAAAGCUCCCAUCACAUCAGAUGCUGCAUUGAGGAAGAUUCAGACUACAGGGUUAUUUUUCAAGUGGGUUCCUCGUCCUUUCCUGCUGUAAAAGAAGUUAAUGAAAAGCAAGUGUGCUACAAACACCAUUUCAUGGCAGACUCGGUUUCCUGUCCAGAAAAUGUGGAUGUGUUCUGUCACUUUACCAAUGCCGCUAAUAAUUCAGUCCAGAGCCCGUCUAUGAAGCUUAACCUGGUUCCUGGGGAGAGCAUCACUUGCCAGGAUCCUAUCCUAGGUGUUGGGGAGCCUGGGAAAGUCAUCCAGAAGCUUUGCCGGUUCUCGAACAUUACCAGAAGCCGUGAGAGUCCUAUUGGAGGGAUCAUAACUUAUAGAUGCGUGGGCUCCAAGUGGCAGAUCGAAAGAAAUGACUGCAUCUCUGCUCCAAUAAAUGCUCUGCUCCAGCUGGCCAAGGCUUUGGUUAAGAGCCCCACCCAGGAUGAGAAGCUCCCGUCCUACCUAGGGAAUCUUUCCAUUAGCACAAAGCAAGUGAAACUUGAAGUCGACUCAUUUUCUGGGACCCUGGGAGCUAUUAUUAACAUCCUGGACCUGUUCUCAACAGUUCCAACCCAAGUGAAUUCAGAAAUGAUGAUGCACGUCCUCUCCACGGUCAAUAUCAUCCUUGGCAAGUCUGCCUUGAAUACCUGGAAGACGUCACAGCAGCAAAAAACCAAUUAUAGCUCACAGCUGUUGGAUUCAGUGGAAAGAUUUUCCCGAGUUUUACGGGCAGAAGACAGCACCAUCUCCCAACCUAACGUGCAGAUGAAAAGCAUGGUCAUAAAACCUGGCCACCCCCAAUCGUACAGGCAGAGCUUUGUUUUCUUAGACUCUGACCUCUGGGGCAACGUGACCAUCAAUGGAUGCCAGCUGGAACACCUGCAGCCAGAUUCAUUUGUCGUCACCGUGGCUUUCCCAACUCUCAAAACCAUCCUCGACAGGGAUGUUCCGGGACAGAACUUUGCCAACAGCUUGGUGAUGACCACCACCGUCAGCCGCAGCAUAACCACGCCAUUCAGAAUUCUGAUGACUUUCAAAAACAACCACCAUUCGGGCAGGAUACCGCAGUGUGUCUUCUGGAACUUCGACCUCGCCAACCACACCGGGGGGUGGGACAGCAGUGGGUGCUAUGUGAAAGAGGUGACCGAGGACAGCGUGUCCUGCAGCUGUGAACACCUCACCUCCUUCUCCAUCCUCAUGUCCCCCGACUCCCCAGACCCCGAUUCUCUCCUGAAAAUCCUGCUGGAUAUCAUUUCCUACAUCGGGCUGUGCUUUUCCAUCUUGAGCUUAGCAGCCUGCCUCGUCGUGGAGGCCGUGGUGUGGAAAUCGGUGACCAAGAACCGGACCUCCUCCAUGCGCCACAUCUGCAUUGUCAAUAUCACCGCUUCCCUGCUGGUGGCCGACGUCUGGUUCAUUGUGGCCGCCGCCAUCCACGACCAUCACUUCCCGCUCAACGAGACAGCCUGUGUGGCCGCCACCUUCUUCAUCCACUUCUUCUACCUCAGCGUCUUCUUCUGGAUGCUGACCCUGGGCCUCAUGCUCUUCUACCGCCUGGUUUUCAUCCUGCACGACACGAGCAAGUCCAUUCAGAAGAUGAUCGCCUUUUCUCUGGGGUACGGCUGCCCUCUGGUCAUCUCCAUCAUCACAGUGGGGGCCACCCAGCCCCGGGAGGUCUACACGAGGAAGAACGCCUGCUGGCUCAACUGGGAGGACACCAAAGCCCUGCUGGCCUUCGUCAUCCCGGCCCUGAUCAUCGUGGUGGUGAACAUGACCAUCACAGUCGUGGUCAUCACCAAGAUCCUGAGGCCUUCCAUUGGGGACAAGCCGAGCAAGCAGGAGAAGAGCAGCCUGUUCCAGGUCGCCAAGAGCAUUGGGGUCCUCACGCCGCUCUUGGGGCUCACCUGGGGUUUUGGGCUGGCCACCGUGUUCCAGGGGAGCAACGCUGUGUUCCACAUUGUGUUCACCCUCCUCAAUGCCUUCCAGGGAUUAUUCAUUUUACUCUUUGGAUGCCUCUGGGAUCAGAAGGUGCAGGAAGCCUUGCUGAAUAAGUAUUCACGGUCAAAAUGGUCUUCACAGCACUCAAAGUCAACAUCCAUAGGUUCAUCUACACCUGUAUUUUCUAUGAGUUCUCCAAUAUCAAGAAGAUUUAACAAUUUGUUUGGUAAAACAGGAACAUACAAUGUUUCCACCCCGGAAACAACCAGUUCAUCCCUGGAAAACACAUCCAGUGCUUAUUCAUUGCUCAACUAAGGACAGGAAAAUCCAGCCCAUGGGACCUCUUGGGAAACAGUGGAUGUGCUCUGCAAAAGAGAUCCUUUCCAAGCCAUGGGUAACAUGUUUUUUCCGCAGGCCUCUGGGAGCAGUUGCUGAAGAGACUUUUUUUUAUGAGGGAAGAGGCUUUCUUUUGUAAAGACAGACCAAAGGAAAUUGUUGCAUUUAUGUUGCUGCCCCACCCCUGUCUCUUGUGGGAUACCAAAUGUGUAUAGUAUUUAAUUGAAACUCAAGCCAACUUCUCUGUCUAUAUUGUAAAAUAGAAUUUCAGAGACAUCUUUCCUUUUCACACCCUGGGCCCAAAGAUAAGCUUUGAUUAAAAUAAUAAGUAAAAGGCCAGGACUUAGGAAACUCUUCAGUGAAUUCUAGGAAGGAAGAAUGGAAGAGAGGAAGAAACAAAGAAAAGAGGGAUGGAGGAAACUACAAGGAAAAAAUAUAGAGAAUAACGGAAGGACGACAUGUUAAGAUUUCUGUGUUAAUGACCCAAUACUUUUACUGCAACACUGAAAAAUGACUCCAAAAUGAAAACUGAAAAUUAGCCAUGGAGAAAGUUCAAUAUUUUCCUGGUGUUUUCUUAGCUAAGAGAGAUCAAAAAAGGAAAAAAGAAAAAAAAGGCAAUGAAAAAAUAGGGAGGAAAUUAUAUCAUCAAGAUGCUUUUAAGUGAAUGAUGAUAUUUACAAGAAUUUCACAGAAGACAUGACUCUCCUGAUGCUAAACACAUACAUACGUGUUACUGUGUGUUAAGGUUGGAGCUAAGAGGAAUGAAUGGACAGAGGAAGUGUGAUUAGAUGAUUAGAUCCCAGCUGACCACCUGCUGAUUACAUUUUUAUUAUUAAUAGUUUAGUAGAACAGCCUUAGGUUUUGGUUUGUUCCACUUUUUAUAAGCAAAAAUAUAUAUAUUUGUCUAUCCAUUCAUUUCCAAAUGUGAUAUAUUGCACUGAAAACAGACCCUCCCAACUGUCAUGAAUUAUAUUUAACAGCUUUAACCAGGUACUUUUCUGUGCAUGCUAGAAAAGUUUGAAUGAUCUUACAGCGUUGUAUAUUAUUAUUUUUGUAGUUACUAUGGAUUGAGAGGCCCUGGAUAUGCUGUAUAGGGUCUCUCUGUGUUAAUUCUUUCAGUUCCUAAGUUCCCAGGCCAAUAUACAUUCAGAGUUUUCUACUG